CCCCCCCCACCUUGAGAAAGGUAAUUCCAUAAUUUCCUAACGUGUUCUUAAAUAUGACUUCCGAAAAGAUACAUCACUGGAACAUGCCUGAAUUUAACAAGAAGUUGCGGGCGUCUUUUGAACCCAGUGAUACAUUAUUGCUCACAACCACCCCCACCCGGCAAUUGUUAGCCGACUCUCCGGCACUAGUGUCGGCAUUAUCUCAAAUAUUUCCCUAUUUACUACUAAUCGACAACUUUUUGGAGAUUAUUACUUGGACCAAUGAAGAUCAUUAUCAGAAUUUCCUCGUGAUAGUAGCGUAUGCUUGCACCGUCUUAUAUUGGAGUUGGAUCAGUUACUUGAUUUUACCAAUGCUAAUGGUUCUCGUGUUCACUAGCAUCGUGUGGUCAAUAUCUUCCGUCAUAUAUGAUUCCAAAUAUGAUGAAAAACCUACUAUUGAAGAAGUACUAUACACAUUACAUAAUAUCACAGUUAGAUUUGAGAUGUUGUUUAGGCCUUUCAAACAUAUUCCUUUGACACGCAACAAUUUUGUCAAGCUUUACAUAGUUACAAUUAUGUUAACCCCGUUGCACUUCCUUCUCAUAAGAACGAUAUUAACACCUCAAAAGUAUUUGUGCAUGUUCGGAAUAUGCUUAUUUACAUUCCAUUCACCUUGGGCGUUUGCAACAAGACGGUUGUUCUGGCGUUCGUUGUAUGUGAGAAUUGCCGCCUUUUACCUCACAGGAGCUGAUAUCAAGAUAACAAAAACCCAUGAACAAUUACCAUCACAACCAGCCAGUGCAGCUACUAGUGAUGUCGAGGAACUGGCUGCUGCUAUCCCAGUUUUAGGAGACUUCCGAAUUAUUAAAAAGUCAAUUGUAUCACCUACUCGUGUAAAGCAAAUUGUAAAAUUUGAAAUAUUGGAAAAUGAAAGAAGAUGGAUUGGAGUAGGAUGGAGCAAGGUUUUGUAUCCCCAUGAACGACUGAACUUUUGUUACGACAAGUCUCUCAAUACUGCACCGAAUAUUAAAGAUACUUCCAUCAACGAAGAUAAUUUCCCAUUUCCAGUGUUUGAAAAUGAUCUUUACAAGUAUAGAUGGGAAUGGGUCGAUACUGAUUGGAAAUUAGACGAAGAGUUUAACAAAUCCAAGACUGAAAAUGGUUGGGUGUACUACGAUACUAAAUGGUCUGACGGUCGAUUCCGAGAUGGAUUUUCAAGGUAUACCCGGUCGAGAAAAUGGACUAGAAAAGCAGCUUUGUUAAUUGACAAACAAGGUACAGUUUAUGAUGAGUAG